AUGGCGUCGUUUUCCAUCACCAACGCCAACUACGACGAUCAGCAGGACUCUAGUCUGGACGCAGAGAAAGCUGCCACUAGCUCAAAGGACGCCUUCCAGAGCAUCUGGUACGAAGCCCUCCGUAGGUGUGAGCAAAGCGCAAGCGGGGUCCCGUCCAAUUCAAGUUGGCAAUCCCUGCUUCGACGCAUGGAACUCUGCAAUGAUUCCGAAGCUGUCUGUCUCGUUCUUGACGAAACGAUGGAGUCUUUUGAACGCUUUGGAGGCAAUAAUACCGCCUGGGACAAGUUGAGAAACAAGUACUUGAAGCCAACCAUCGAGGUGCUUCUACUCUUCAGUGACGUUGUGGCAGAGACAGCCACGUCGUUUCCACAAGUACCCGGCGGAAAGGCGGUGUUCGCAGCCUUCACCGUUCUGUUGCAGGCGACUAAAGGAGUAAGCGCAUACUGUGAGGCGCUCAUCGUUCUUUUCGAGGAGCUGAAUGGCUUCAUGGCAAGCCUUCGCCAUCGGCUACAAGUCCCCGCAUCCCUCGGCCCCGCCUCUAGGACAAUUGCUAUCACUAUCCUUGCGCAUCUGCUCAACGUUGUGAACCGAGCAACAAAGCUUAUUGUCGACCUAACAUGUGACCUAGCAUUAUACGGGAAAGCACUCCUUAAGGAUCAGGGGAUACAAGGAGAGCUGCAACGCCUUCGUGCAUUGACCAACUUGGAAGUACGAGCCAUCGUCAGCGAGCUUCGCGUCGAGACAUCACAUAUCCGCGAAGUCGGGACGAAGAAUACGGAGAUCACCAAUAGGCUGUUAUCCGAGUUUCAGCAACUGAAUCGACAUCAUACACAAGACGCUGCUGCUGGUGGUAUCAUGAGGCGCGGAAUAGGUACACUGAUUCGUGGGCAGAGGGACAUCAUGGCGCUCUUGCGUUCCGAGCGAGAACAGCGCGAACGGUUCGACACUUCCGACUCCUUCGAGAAACUAUCGCCCGUCAGGCGUGCCGAUAUCGAUGCUCAGAGCGCUGAGGGAUGUAUGAGGGGCACCCGUGUCGCGAUCUUGAAAGGAUUGAAGGCCUGGGCACACGACCAAGCUGCACCGCGAAUAUACUGGCUGAAUGGCAUGGCGGGGACCGGAAAGUCAGCCAUCGCGCGCUCGUUCGGUCAAUGCCUGAAGCGGGAGCAACGCUUAGGCGGCAGCUUCUUCUGUUCACGCGGUGGCUCAGUAGAAGAAGGUGACGCUCAGCGGAUCAUCCCCACACUCGCCGCUUCAAUGGCCUCCCGUCAUCCAGGUUUCAGUAAGGCAUUGCUGGCCAAACUUCACGACGAACCUUUCUCCAGUCACUGGAACCUCUCACUGCAACUCGAAUGGCUGCUGGCACAUCCCUUGUCAACUUUUGGAAAGGACUCCCGUAUGCUUGUUCUGGUCAUCGACGCGCUCGAUGAGUGUUCAGACGAGGAUGCCACGGGUUAUCUACUCUCACGUUUGGUCAGAUUAUCCGCUAUGAUGCCUGUGAAGUUCUUUGUCACCUCGCGACCGGAGCCGCACAUACGGCGGCAGCUCGAACAUUUAGACCCUGCUUUGGGCCACGUUCUACGUCUGCACGACAUCGAGCAAGACAUUGUCGCAGCGGAUAUCUCGCUGUAUCUUUCCCACGGUCUUCGCUCUAUGCGGGAACCAUUUUUCCCACUCAAAUGGCCGCGCAAAGCAGACAUAGAUGCCCUGACCCGGCUGUCGGGGAAAUUGUUCAUCUACGCAUUUACAGCCUUGCAAUAUCUACGCAGGGAUCCUUUGCUACGUCUCCCGAAGCUUACAGGCACGAUCGUUACCGCCGGUCGAACCAUGUACCAACCUCUUGAUGACAUCUAUACUCUGAUCCUGGAAGAGGCUCUAGACCCAACUGAAUAUGAACAAGAAGAGAUCGAUCUAUCGUGUCAGAUCAUUGCAACCGUGGUGACAUACCGCGAGCCCAUGACCAUGGAUGGGCUUGGAUCUCUGCUCAAGAUUCCGCCCUCUCACUUGAGAGCGUCCUUGAACCGCCUGUAUGCCGUGAUUUAUGUGCCCGUCCGCGACGACGCCGGUGUACUGUCCACAUUCCACGCGUCUUUCAGUGACUUCUUGAACACCGCCGAGCGCGCACCGGAAAGGAUGCGGCAACCCGUUUCGAAGAGUCAUCUGGUUCUGGCCAACGCAUGCAUCGAGACGCUGCAGUCCAACCUCCACUUCAACAUGUCGGGGGCUUUUUCGUCGCACCACCCCAAUACGAAGCAGGGGCUUACGAGUAUCCAUGACGCACUACACUAUGCAUGUCUGUAUUGGGCGCAUCACAUAACGGCGGUGAUGAAGAGCGAGCUCCGUCAUCCCGACCGGACUAUUGCACUUCAUCGUAUCCUAGAGGGCCAUGAAUUCUUAUUCUGGCUGGAAGCAUUGAGCGCAAUGGGACUGGUAGACAGGGCGACGGACAUACUUCAAACUGCCCGAUCCCUUUCGCUAUCUCCUGAUGACGACUGGCUUCGAUUGCUGGACGAGUUGAUCGGCUUCACUGAGCGGUUCUCCCCAGCAAUCGCACAGAGUGCUCCUCAUAUUUACUUAUCAGCAUCCCCAUUUUACGGCCAUGGGACUGAUAGCGUACGACGCCAUGCAUCCGAGACUUUCCUCGACCUACCGUGGCUGAGCAAUGAUGCGUGCUAUAGCCUCCUGCCACUUCGCGCCGUGUUCUCGCGCGGCAACGCAUAUAGGGUAGUGAUAACAGAGGGUGGAUUUUACGCCUACGAAACGUAUGAUCGGGAGGCGCCGUAUUGGAACCUUUCAAAUUCAUCCUUCACAGGAUUUGUUUCACCGUCUUGCAGAUACGUCGCGGCUCCGACAGGGGGCACCUAUGUCGCAUACAUUCUUGAGGAUUCCAUACGAUGUUAUGAUAUCUCGGGGGGUGAAUCACUUCCUGGGAAGGAUUAUAAUAUCACUCCUAGAGGCGUCUCUCCUGCAGAGGUCGACUGCAUGGCGUUCUGCGAACAGAAUGGCGUGCUUGCUCUUGCGCUGCAUGAUGAACAACUCUGGAUGUGGGACACGCAAGAACGUCGGCUCAGGUGGAAACAUAAACAUGGCUCAUACAGCAGAGUUCUGUCUAGCUUGCAUGUACACAGCAUGACUUUUUCGGAGGACGGACGGCUCCUUGCGACUGGACACCCGAUGGGUACAGUGUUUGUAUGGAACGUUGACGCUAGUGUCGCGGCAUUCUCGUCUAUUCGAGCGCACACCGUUGGCCUAGGCCUAGUGAACUGCAUCGCCUUCCGUCUAGAACAAGGUAUCUUUGGAACGAGUGACGGUACAGUCUGCCUCUGGGACGUUAGCUCAAGCACUAUUGUCAUGCAAUCGCAUGGACACGAAGGGCCCGUAACCUCCAUUGUCUUCUCGGAUGAUGGUACACGGGCCGUGUCUGGCUCUGCAGACCGCACAAUGCGUGUUUGGGACGCGAUCGCGAGACAACCUUUGCGCCGAAUUGAAGUCCUUCAACCCGUCCGAGCCAUCGCCAGCGCGUCCCCCAAGUGUCCGAACCAGGUUCUUUGCACCACCGACUACGGAGCGGUCCAACUGUGGGAUCUGGAGCUUGACUCUCAUCCUCCACAUUGUAGCUCAGAAGGGUGGGACAAAAUUCGUCUCGACGACGACGGAUGGAUUCGCGGCUCUCGAGGAGAAUUGUUACUUUGGAUCAGCGAGGAACAUCGCAAGACGUUAACACACCCACAGUGCCGAUCUGUGAUCUAUGGGGGGCGGUUGGAGAUAGACUGGGACAAGCUUCCGCAUGGAACUAGCUGGCCAUGUUGUUUUGAAGGGAAACGCCUGUUGUAG